AUGCCAGCGCAGGCAUCCAUCAAAGUGGUGGAAAGCGAGGAGGUCCAGAGAGAGGCUGUGAAGGUGAAGGAGCUCUUCCCCGAUAAGAUCAUUUUCGCAGGUAUGGAUCGAGCCGAUGGACUCUCGGGCAUGAUCCCCAAGUUCCAAGCCUUCAAACAGUUCUUGAAAGAGAAGCCUGAAUACACCGGGAAGUGCGUGCUGGUUCAGUAUUGCUUUGAGGCAGUGGGUGGCAAAGAAGAUCUAGUUGUGAUGGCCCGCCUACGCAAGGAGGCCGAUGCUCUGUUGAGCUCCUCCAAUGGCAAGUUGGAAUUCGAGCUGCUGAACGGAGGUACGCCCGAGACCUGCCACAUCUUUAUGCGCCUUGAAAAGGCGGAGCGGAACGAACGCUUGGGGCUCUUCCGAGCUGCGGAUAUCCUGCUGGACACCAGUGCCAAGAACGGCCUGAACCUCAUGCCCUUCGAGUUUGUGACAGCGCAGCAUGGUACAUCUACAUCCAAGGUGUGCAUCGUGAGUGAAUUUUCUGGCUGCAGCCGCGUGCUCUUGGGCUCUUUGCGCAUCAACCCAUGGAACAAUUCCGCCCUUUGCACGACCUUUGAACGUGCCUUGCGGAUGGGUGAAGAUGAGAAGAAAGACCGCUUCCAGCUGGGAGCACCCAGCGGCCCCGUUGGGGACUAG